CACUGAUGCAGCUUCUGAUCCCAUUUCCAACGUGCUGCAUGGUUGCAGAGAUGUGAAGUUACAGAGCAGCUUCCAAGCACAAUUCUUGCCACACACCUUUUCUAGUUGUGUAGGCUCCCUCCUCUGCACACACGUCUUCUCUCACAUUUUAUCACAAUCUCUAACACAUUAAGUUACCCCAACACUUUCCUUUUCAGGACCAAUGGCAUGCAUGACGUAAUUUGGGGGAGCGCUUUCACUUGUGGUGUGUGCGUGUCUGUGUGUAUGAUGUGUGCGUGCGUGCGUUUGCGUGUGCGGGGGGCGCGUCAGUGCGCACCAACACCAACCCGCUUGGCAGCUGUAUUCCUUUGCUGUGAUUGGACGGAGGGCGGUGAUUCCGUCUGUCACGAUUACGGUCGCUCCCACCGGAGGACACCGACAGUCUGACUCUAACCGAGGUGCUCAUCAGAGGAGACGGUGCACACCAGGAGGAGAGGGUUUCGUCCCAGGAACUGGACUGAACUCGGGAUUUGUCCUCCAGCCUGUGACGGUGAGGAGGGGAGAGGAGAGGAGAGGAGAGGAGAGAGGGGGAUCUUCACUGCUGGAGCGACCAGCCGCUUUUCUUCUGACGGGGCUGCGGUAAAAGUCUUUCACGAUGCCGGUGUUUCACACCAAGACCAUCGAGAGUAUCCUGGAGCCGGUGGCCCAGCAGAUCUCCCACCUGGUCAUCAUGCACGAGGAGGGGGAGGUGGAUGGGAAAGCCAUCCCGGAUCUGACGGUGCCGGUGGCGGCGGUGCAGGCGGCAGUCAGCAACCUUGUGCGGGUGGGGAAGGAGACAGUUCAAACCACUGAGGACCAGGUGAUGAAGAGAGACAUGCCUCCUGCGUUCAUUAAGGUGGAGAACUCGAGCUCUAAGCUUGUCCAGGCAGCCCAGAUGCUAAAGGCAGAUCCAUACUCUGUUCCCGCACGUGAUUACCUGAUCGAUGGAUCGAGAGGGAUACUGUCUGGGACGUCCGACCUGCUCCUUACCUUUGAUGAGGCUGAGGUGCGUAAGAUAAUUCGUGUCUGCAAAGGUAUUCUGGAGUAUCUGACAGUAGCUGAGGUUGUGGAGACCAUGGAGGAUCUCAUCACUUACACCAAGAACCUGGGACCAGGGAUGACCAAAAUGUCAAAGAUGAUUGAGGAGAGGCAGCAGGAGCUGACACACCAAGAGCACAGACAGAUGCUGGUCAACUCCAUGAACACUGUUAAAGAGCUGCUGCCUGUUCUUAUAUCAGCUGUCAAGAUUUUUGUCACAACUAAGAGCAGUAGAGGUGCCGGCAUCGAGGAAGCAGAGAGGAACAGAAGGUUUACCUUUGAAAAAAUGAGCGCUGAAAUCAAUGAGAUCAUACGAGUCUUACAGCUCACCACAUGGGAUGAAGACGCCUGGGCCAAUAAGAAGGAUAUGGAGGCUUUGAAGAGAUCUCUGGCUUUGAUUGAGUCAAAGAUGGCACAAGCUAAAAGCUGGCUGAGAGACCCCCAUGGACAACCAGGCGACCCCGGCGAGGUUGCCCUGCGUGUGAUUCUAGAUGAAGCCGGUAAAGUGGGAGAGCUGUGUGCUGGGAAGGAGAGGAAAGACAUACUGGCAACCACUAAGGCUCUGGGACAAAUGACCGACCAGAUUGCAGAUCUACGAGCCAGAGGCCAGGGCCCGACCCCGGGGUGUGUUCAGCGUGCAGGCCAGUGCUCACAGGGCUUAGAUUUGUUAUUUGGCAAAGUGGACGGCGCUGCUCGUAGAUUGGAGGCUCUAAUCAAUGCCAAGCAGGCCAUUGCCAGAAGGCUGGAUGCUGCACAGGCCUGGCUGGCUGAUCCACAUGGUGGUCCCGAGGGGGAGGAGAACAUCAGAGUGCUGUUAGCCGAGGCCAAACGCAUCGCAGAUCUCUGUGAAGACCCCAAAGAGAGGGAUGACAUCCUGCGCUCCAUCAGUGAGAUCGCAGGCCUCACCGCCAGGCUUGUGGAGCUGCGCAGACAGCUCAAACUGCAACCUCAUGCCACCAAUAGCUGGCAUAUUUUACCUGCCUGGAAAAUAUGUUGUUGCCUUUCAACCCUGGGCGUCAGUCCUACAAUAAGGGGUAAAGGUGACAGCCCAGAGGCCCGUGCGUUGGCAAAGCAGAUCGGGGCGGCGCUGCUGACUCUGCAGUCCAAAACCAACCGGGCUGUGGCCAACAUGAGGCCGGCCAAACCCGCUGUCACCUUGGAGGGCAAGAUGGAGCAGGCCCUCCGCUGGGUGAACAACCCCGGAGUGGACGACAGAGGAGUAGGUCAGGCAGCAAUCAGAGGAAUGGUUGGAGAAGGGAGGAGACUUGCAGGGGGCCUGUUAGGUCCGUAUCGACAGGAUAUGAUUGGACGCUGCGACCGAACGGAAGCUCUAAUGACAUCUUUGGCAGACAUGGCCGGCAGGGGCGAGGCUGAGGCCCCUCAUGCACGAGCCACAGCCGCACAACUGCAGGACAGCCUCAAGGACCUGAGGCAGCACAUGCAGGAGGUGAUGACCCAGGAAGUAUCUGAUGUUUUCAGCGACACCACAACCCCCAUCAAACUGCUGGCUGUGGCUGCAACUGCUCCCCCUGAUGCCCCCAACAGGGAGGAGGUUUUUGAAGAGCGUGCAGGGAACUUCGAGACUCACGCAGGUCGACUGGGGACGACUGCGGAGAAGGCUGCUGCUGUGGGAACAGCCAAUAAGAGCACAGUAGAGGGCAUACAUGCUGCUGUAAAACAUGCCAGGGAGCUCACACCACAGGUGACCUCUGCUGCUCGGAUCUUGUUGAAAAAUCCUGGAAAUAAAGCAGCAUACGAGCACUUUGAUACCAUGAAGAACCAGUGGAUUGACAACGUGGAGAGACUCACCGGUCUGGUGGAUGAGGCCAUCGACACCAAAUCUCUGUUAGAUGCCUCUGAGGAGGCUAUAAAAAAAGACAUUGACAAAUGUCGAGUUGCCAUGGCGAAUGUUCAGCCCCAAAUGCUUGUUGCCGGGGCAACAAGCAUAGCAAGACGGGCUAAUCGGGUGCUGUUAGUAGCGAAGAGGGAAGUGGAGAACUCUGAAGACCCGCGGUUCAGAGACACAGUGAAACAUGCAUCCGACAUCCUCUCACACACCAUCUCACCCAUGGUGAUGGAUGCUAAGGCGGUGGCUGGGAACAUACAAGAUAAAGGACUUCAGAAAGCCUAUUUGGACUCAUGCCUGCGGAUCCUGGCUGCAGUCGGAAAAGUUCGAGAAGCUUUCCAACCGCAAGAGCCCGACUUCCCUCCUCCACCGCCUGACCUGGACCAACUCCAUGUUAGUGAUGAGCAAGCACCACCCAAGCCCCCCUUGCCAGAGGGCGAGGUGCCCCCACCUCGGCCCCCGCCUCCUGAGGAGAAGGAUGAGGAGUUCCCAGAGCAAAAGGUUGGAGAGGUUCUCAGCGAGCCCAUGAUGGUGGCUGCCAGGCAGCUGCACGAUGAGGCACGCAAGUGGUCCAGCAAGCCUGAGGAUGAGGAGGCAGUAGAGGAGAGGGAGGUAGAUGAUGAAGAUGAGUUUACUGAUGGUGAGGAUGACUAUGAGCCAGAACUGCUGAUGAUGCCCUCCAACCAGCCUGUCAAUCAACCCAUUCUGGCAGCAGCCCAAUCUCUCCACCAGGAGGCGCGCAAGUGGUCCAGCAAGGGCAACGACAUCAUUGCAGCAGCCAAGCGGAUGGCUCUGCUAAUGGCAGAAAUGUCUCGACUGGUGCGUGGUGGAAGCGGGAACAAGCGAGCCCUCAUUCAGUGUGCAAAGGACAUCGCCAAGGCGUCGGAUGAGGUGACAAGACUCGCCAAAGAGGUGGCCAAGCAGUGCACUGACAGACGCAUCAGAACUAAUCUGCUACAGGUGUGUGAACGAAUCCCCACCAUCAGCACUCAGCUGAAGAUCCUCUCCACUGUCAAAGCCACCAUGCUGGGACGAACAAACAUCAGUGAAGAGGAGUCAGAGCAGGCCACAGAGAUGUUGGUCCAUAAUGCCCAGAAUCUGAUGCAGUCAGUGAAGGAGACCGUGCGAGAGGCGGAAGCAGCUUCCAUAAAGAUCCGCACAGAUGCAGGGUUCACCCUUCGCUGGGUGCGCAAAACCCCCUGGUACCAAUGAACAAAACUGGUAACACUCUUAAUUUGGCACAACAGCACACACCUGGAGUAAAAGUAGCAAUGUGCAUAUUCCUUAUGAAUAAACAUGCACUUCCUCAAAGAGGAAACGGCAGGUGAUUUGAUCCAUCCUCCACUGUAGUUUGCAGGUUUCAUUUGAUGGAGUGAGUUCAACUUUGCUCUCCACUUCCCUUUAUCUGUAUCUAUGGAAUCACGCAGGCUAAUCGGAGACCGUUUUUAAUAUAUAUUUUUGGUAUGUUGUGUUACAAGAGUUUAUCCAAAUCCCAGGUAUAUAUUUUUUGCAUGAAAAUUUUUUCUAUUUUUUAAAGGCAAAUGAUGACAAUAAUACUUAUCUCUGAGAGGACGUUUACUUUUAAUUCAGUUAUUUUCAGUGAGAGUUUCUUAUUGUCUAUUGUAUGUACAGUAAUUAUUUGUUUUAUGGAUGUCACUUAGCUCUGAGCUUUAGACACUGAGUUUGACACUAAAUUGUGGAGUCUUGAAUUGGAAGAUGAGAUCUCCUCUCUUCAAUGUUUACUUUUAGUUUUAACGCUGUUAACUGAAGAUUAAUUGAAGAUCUGUAAAUUCAAUAGUGAUACAUCAUCACUGCUGUCCGGUGAUGUUUAUACUUGAAGAAUUAAAAGGUCUCCUGGUUUGAAAGUGUCGUGACUUAUAGGCAAAUGAUAGUUUCAAAAGCGAUUGUAUAAUUUUGAAAAAAAAAAAGUAUGGUUGUCAAUAAAGCUUUUUUGUUGUUGUUGAUUGCAGGAGGGUUGAUAGCCAAUAGAUAAGAGAUUUUCACUUGCCUGUUGCAUUGAGCCACAGUGAGCUUGAGAUGGCCGGAGAUGUUUGUUUUAUGUGUGUUUUUAAUUUUUUUGUUUGAACUUUAACUUUCACGGUGAACAAAGCCAAAGGACUUGUUUUACAUGACAGUCUAACAGCGAAACAGAUGUUCAUUCAAGAGAACCUGAAGUCUUUUUUUGGCAAAAUAAUGUUUUUUUUUUCUCAAGUUUUGCAUUUUUUUAAUCAAUUGUAGUGCUUUGUGUGUUUUUUUUAACAGUUGAACUGUUUGGGUUUUUCUUUUCAAAACUGAUUAAAACCAAUGAUUUUAGACAGCCAUUCAACAUCCUGUUUUUAGACUUUUCUCCACAUGAGCUCAGUAGUCCCUCUCUGGUUGCUCUGACGCAUCAUUUUCAUACAGAUUUUGUAGAUGACCCCGGUGGUUUGAGAACAAAGACCUUUUUAUGUGAUGUCAGGCAUUGGUGCAAGACUAGCAAUCUAGUUUUUUUUAGGUUUAAAUUGAGGAAAAAAAGAGUGUUUUUGUAUUGAAUAAUUGCAAUGACACAGUUUACAGAUUUACUUAUCUUAUGAAUUGGUACCUCAAUAUUACAAGCAAUCAGAUCAGUGUGUAUGUGUGUGUAUGUGUGAACCCUCUUCACUUAAACAGUAUUGGUCAGCCGUCCCCAUGAUGGUGAGGGGACGGAGUCCCGAACAGCAGCACAGAAUGUUAACUGCAUUUUCAUCUUUAUUUGGGCCUACUGAGCAUGUAGCAGUCACUGACUCCUCACUGAGAGCGACAGGGUGUACUUCUGUGUGUACUUGACGUGUUCAUUCACACCCUGAAUGUAUUCUGAUAGCUUCUAGCCCUGCCAACACAUAUGCUGUGCCUUGGAAGAAUAAAAGACUGUAAUGAA